GUCGUAAAUGUUUUGGGUAAUGAUUUAAUAAAUAAACAGACUUAAUAUAUAUUAAUGAAAACAUAAAUAAACAUGUACUUGAUGAAUGCAAUAAAAAAACAUAACAUAAAUUCGAAAACAACAUGAUACGUUGAGUCUCUGUCCGCCCCGUACAAAUUUUAUACAUUAUAGCUAUAAGUUCAGCAAUAAACUGACGUCAAUAUUCACCCUGUAUCAUCAAUUAUUCUUUUGAAAAAUAGUAAACUGAAAUAUCGAUGUGUUUUGAGAUUAUUUCACACAUUCACAGCAUUGUCAUUUAAUGUGGUACAUUCAAAUUGGAAUUAAAAUCACGUCAAAUAAGAAAAAAGAAAGAUUAGAUCUUAUCUUGAAUGGGUAAUCUCCAAAAUAAUUCUAACUGUAUUGGGUGAGAGGUGAUGCCAUAUAUUUUAUAUUUUAGCAUACACUUAAAAAAUUGAUGAAUUUCGCCAUAUAUUUUAUCCUCCGUCGUUAAACGUCGAGUACGUAGAUGUCUCUUUAGGUUAAAGAAUAACCAGAUAUCACACAAUGUCAAAUCAGGUGAAUAGAGUAGAUGUUCAAUGCCUGUUUUAUUAUUUUACGUAAAAAGUAAAUUGCCUGCAGUAUGUGACGAUGCAUUAUCGUGAUGCAACAAUAAUCCGCAAAUACUGACAGACUGAAGAGCAGCAGGUGGACAUUUUGUAAUGUACCAGUUUGAUGUAACUUUUAGAUGUCCGUGUUUGUGAAUUCAUACGAUUCAUAUGUGGUGAAAGGAAAGAAAAGGCAGAAUGCUAUACUAUGACUGAUAUGGAACAAAGAAGCAUUAAUAUGAAAAAAACAUCACUUGUAUUCGCAAACUCAAUGGAACAGAGCGAUGCGCAUAAUGCAGAAAAAAUCAUUAAUAAAGGACCUAUUUUGGGAAUGCGACAUGUACAGAUUGUCUUACUAUUCACAAUGCUGGCAUUUGGUUAUGCGAUGCGAGUAAACUUAUCAGUUGGUAUUGUUGCAAUGACCGAUAACACCACAUCACUUAAUCCUAUGGUACCUACUUACAACUGGACCAACAAAAGCAUUGUGUUAUCUUCUUUUUACUGGGGUUAUAUAUGUCUACAAAUAUUUGCGGGACAACUGGGAAAACUAUAUGGUACUAAGUGGUUGGCAUUUAUCGCCAUGGGUAUCAAUUCUACAGCAUGUAUAAUCAUCCCUUUUAUGGCAGAAGCUGCAGGAUCAUAUGGGGUCAUGGGAUGUAGAGUUGUGCAAGGAUUAUCUCAAGGUUUCUUCUUUCCUUCCGUCCAUAAUAUUUUAGGUCAAUGGGCACCUUUAGAAGAAAGAUCUACACUUGGCACGAUAGCAUUUGCAGGACCUUCUUUUGGAACAAUUGUAUCUUUAAUAGUAAGUGGAGCUUUGUCUUCUUCGUGGAUAGGAUGGCCCUCAGCUUUUUAUCUAUUCGGUGGAUUGGGAUAUGUGUGGAUGUUAGCUUGGAUCAUAUUAUCCGCCAACACACCAGCAACUCAUUCAAAGAUAUCCCGAGCAGAAAGAGAAUACAUUGAAAAGAGUCUCAGUGUAAAAGCAAAUGAAAAGAUAUUUCCAACGCCAUGGAAAGACAUAUUUACUUCACUUCCGGUGUGGGCAUUUAUUGUUGCUAUGUUUGGGCAAAAUUGGGGCUAUUCUACAUUACUUACAGAAAUUCCUAAUUACUUGAAUAAAAUUAUGAAUUUUGAUAUGCAUUCGAACAGUAUAUUGUCAGCUGCUCCGUACUUAGCAUCAUUUAUUUUAAGUUUUGUCUUUGGAGCGUUGUCAGAUUUUCUUAUAAAUCGAAACUUUAUUUCUCUAGAAAACGCAAGGAAACUAUUUAACUCAAUUGGAUUAAUUGUACCAGCUAUAGCUCUAGUAGUAUUAGGAUAUUUACCAGAGAAUCAAUCAGUACUUUCAGUAAUGAUGUUGAUAAUAGCAGUCGGCGUAAAUGCGGCUUGCUUCACCGGAUUCCAAAUAAAUCCAGUGGACCUUUCACCAAGAUUUUCUGGUGUACUUAUGGGUAUCGGUAAUGGAUCUUCCAAUAUUUUCUCCAUUAUAGCACCAUUAGUUGUACAAUUUGUUGUUGGAUCAAAUGAGGAAGAGAAGGCACUAUGGAGGACAAUUUUUAUCAUAGCAGCAUGUGUAUACGUAGUAUCAGGUAUUUUUUUCAUAAUUUUUGCAUCUGGUAAAGUUCAACCAUGGAAUGAUGAAGAAAAAGAAGAGAAUAGUUGUUUCCCUAGUAUUUUUUCAAGGAUAACUUGCUUAUGUACAAAAUUAUAAAUUAAUUUAAAAAUUUUUGCUCUUAAUUGUACUUAUAUAUACAUCUAAAAUUUGUAAAUUUUAAAUAUCUGUACAUAGUUCAAUAUAUAUUGUCGAAUUUUAA